AUGAUUGAGCUGGGGAAUAACGUUUCAACGCUGACAGCUACUCUGAAUGAGAGGGUUGAGGUCUACCAGGCCGCCUCGCUGCGAUGCGCUGCUCUCGAAGAGGAGAAUUCCACUCUGUCACGGGAGCUGCAGACGUCGCAGGUAUCACUGGAAGACGCGCAAUCGAAAAUGGAGCGUGCACAGCAGGAACUAUCGAAAGUCCGACACGAGCUGGAGCAGCAGAAACCUGUCCUGGAGACCACCCGUAAAGCUGUGCGUGAUCGCAUGGGUUAUCAAGAAAAGAUGAUGCUGGCGAAGUUUGAGAGCACCAAGAAACACGUGGAGAAGUUGGAGCGAGAACUGGAGCAGGUCAAGAAAGAGAGAGCAAAUAUCAUCAAAGAUAAGGGCGACGUUGUGACCAGUCUGUUAAUAGAGAAAGAGAAGUUAGAAACGGAUCUCAAGCGCAGCAAGCACAUGAGUGAUGAGCUCAUGGAUCGUUGUGAAGCCCUCGAAAAAGUCGCCAAAAAGCCCUGGUACAAACGAAUGGGCAAAGAAGAGAGCAAUCUGCUCAACACAACCACCGAAAGUCUCUUCGGAUGAGAAGACAACUGAGUCCUAUCUUUCAAUAACGCAUCGGCUAAGGCCAGCGCAUCUACGCAAAGACUACAUACGGAAAAACUCACACUGAAGUAAUCAGUCCUACGGUUGAUAUCUUGCGAAUGCAAUUUUUUUUACUUGCCCGCAACAUACGUUUCCCCAUAUAGACAAUUUCCCCCUUGUUGAUCUUUUGGCAGCGUGAUAGUUCCUACUAUCUCGCAUAUAAUGAUUUGAGCUCGAUAUCUGGUACAAUUUGGAUUUGGGCGCAGGAUACGCAGCUCGCACCAGCAACGUAUACAAAACCAGGCAGCUCCAAGUCGUACAGAAAUUCCACUACCAGCGCUCCAAUAACUGGGCACAUACUAAAUACAAAAUAAACCACCGAUAGUCC